CUCCAAACUUUUUUUCGCUCACUCUCCAAACGUUUCACACUACUUUCGAUACUCUUGAGAUAAUAUCACCACCUACAACAUGACACGGGGUAACCAACGUGACAAUGAUCGGGCCAAGGCCCUGAAGAAGGCGGGCAAUUCGAAGAACAAGAACACCCAGACCGGUAGCGAAUUCGCUAAGAGCAAGGAUGACGCCGCUGCCAUCAUGCGCGAGAAGCAGAGGAAGGCGGAUGAAAAGAGAGCCGCCGAGGCUGCAGCAGGAGGCAAAAAAUGAUAUGCCUCAUCCUUCGACCCAACCCGUCAGUCAAUCUCAUCUCUCUCCACCUUUCGCGAUCGCCCGAAUCAGACAAUCCACCGAGCAGCAUCGCAAAGUGCACUACGAGUGAAGGACGGCGCUGGAUUCAUGGAUAAGAUCGGAACCAUCCGCCUAUGCCCAAUUUUCAAAAACCGGGGGCUGGGUGUCUAGCGAGGCGUUCAUUUGAAUCUCAUUGGCGUUCAUCAUAUUUUUAGCCCAAGCAUGUAUACCAAAGCGCUAACCAAACGAGGCAACGACGCAUGAGAAAUAUCAUGGAGGUGCA